CUUAAACCAUUGACUAAGAGAGUCCAGUACUUUUUCGUGUCUCAGGUUACAGACGAGGUACAUACAUAUACUCAGUUAUAUGUACAAGUCUAUUCAUAAAUAGACAUUGCAACAAUUAGUGGUUGAACAAUUAUUAAUCUUUGAUAGAAUUUGAUUCUUAUUUUUUAUUAGCUCAGUAUAUUUUCUUAUUUAGUAAGAUUUUUCGACAUUAAUGUGUGAUACAUUGGAAUAAAACGUUGGCGGUAAUUUUGUGUAUAUCUGAUAAUGGCUCCCAUAACCAAAAUAAUGGAUUGGACACGAGAAUAUUUUAUCACAAAUAAAUCGGAUUGUAAUUUGAUAUUGGAAAAUCUAGAUGUUUUGAAAGAAAUUCCAUUGUUAAAUAACACUCCUGUUCAUAAAUUAAAGGAUGGACAGUUAGUGAGAUUCAAAGGGAUGAUUCAAGAUAUGCACAAUCCUGAAUAUUAUUUACAAAUGUAUGAAGUCAAGAAUACCCAAACUAAAACAUAUCAAUUAAAAUGUGGAAUGUACACAGAUUCCGCUAAAUGUUUGCCACAUGAAAUGAUUUUAUUGGAAUCGGAGAAAAAUCAAAGUUCAGAAAGAUAUACAUGUAUUGUAAUUUCAACUCCUGGUUUAAAUAAUUGGGCAAAGGAAACAUAUGAGCAGUUACAUUAUUCAAAUAUAGAAUCAAUGAAUAAAAGAAAUUUAGAUGAAGAUAAUUUUGAGACAACAAACUUGGAAUUAACAAAAAGAAAAGAAAAACUGUCAUCAUCCAAUAGUAGCGAGAAAAUAGAUGUAAUAAGAUCUAAUACAAGUAAACAAAGUGCAUUUUCAAUGGAAUAUAUAUUAAAUUUUCCAAUCCCUAUGGAUGAUGGUAAAGCUUGUAUUGUAAAGAUAUAUGAAGAUAUAUCUUUAAAAUUGAAUCAAAUUAUUGAAGUAAUAGGUUUUAUAUCUUUGGAUCCUCUUUUAAAUAUCAUCGAUGAUUCAGAUGAGAUUAUGACAGAAGCUGAAAUAAUUGUGCACCAUCCACCAGCAUCUCUUGUCCCUCGAUUACACGCUAUAAAAAUAAUCCAUUCAACUAAAGAUAUAAAAAUUGUUCCGCAAGUGAUGUCUAAAGUAGAAUUAAUAAGAAAUGAUCUUCACCUAAUAUUAAGUCAACUUCUGUUUGGGGAUCAUCUGGCUGCAGAUUAUUUAAUCUGUCAUUUACUUUCAUCAAUUUACAUGAAGAGGGAUUGCUUUUGUCUUGGUACUUAUCCACUAAAUAUAACACACUUCCCUACUAAAUAUAAAAAAUUUUCAAAGGAUUUAUAUAAAUUUUUAUCUUUAUUCACUGAGAAAAGUUAUUUAUUAGAAAUUACUUUAGAAAAUUUAAAUAAUUUGACAUUGUUGCCAAAGAAAGAUUAUGAGUGUAAUAGGCUAACUAGUGGAAUACUCCAACUUAGUGACAAUACACAUCUUGUAAUAGAUGAAACAGAAUUAACUACUGGUCAAAUUACGCAAGCUGGACGAGAAAAUUACAAUGCGAUUUGUGAUUUGGUUAACUUUCAAAAAGUUAUAUAUGAUUUUAAAUUUUAUAAAAUAGAAUAUGAUACGGAUAUUCCAAUUUUAAUUUUAUCAGAAGCUAAAUCUUUUAUUCCUUGUCAAACUCAAAUUGUUCUAAAAAUAGAUUCAGAAUCAGAAAGCAUUUAUCCUCAAAUAAUAGAAAUCACUGAGCAGUGUUUGAAAGAUGAAAAUCGAUUGACAAAUAUUCGACAGUAUUUAAAAGUUAUACGAGAUACGAAAUUCGAAUUUAAUGAUGAAGAUGUUACUAAGGAAAUUCAAAAUGAUUUCAUACAAUGGAAACAAAGAAAUAAAAAUGCUGAUCAUUUACAUUCAUUAAUGGUAUUGGCUAGAUUAUUGUCUUUGUCGCAUGGAUGUAAUACUUUAACUAUAGAAUAUUGGAGAAAAGCAUUCCAAAUGGAAAUAGAAAGAUUAGAUAGAAUAGAUAAAUUGUUAGAGAAAAAAUAAAUUUUUAAUUGUUAA